UCAAACUCACAUGGCAAUGUUGUUUUGAGUUGGUUGUGAUUGAAUAACACCGGUGUCGAUCUGUAUAUCCUUUGAACGGUCCUAUUUUGCACGCGAUGCCUACCUACGAGCUAUCAGUUAUUUUACGACAAAUGUCUAGACCCGACAUGGUUGCAACACUGAAACGGACCGCGACAGCGAUCUUCGACAAAGGCGGCAUAAUCCGUAAGUUGGAUAAUUUGGGUACUAAACCGCUACCAUUCAAAACCAGUGCGCAUGGUGUUGUCCAUCGGACGGGUUCAUACUUUGUGUUUAAAUUCGACACACCACCGGCCGCAAUCGAUGACCUGGACGAAGAGUACGGGCGUGAUGUUGACAUCGUGCGGAAGCGUAUCUACCGGGCGGAUGUUUCGGCACAGGAAGAAAUCACCUGCACGUUACACGACGAGAUGCUACCACCGGCGUACCGCCAGGACGUACAGAAGAUGAUCGCGACGGCCGAACGAAACAAAACCAAAAAGGUGUUCCAGUACAACACGGGACUAGAUUACUAUCCUUUCCAGAAGUGAAGCGUCGACUAGGGAAAGGGAACGUGUGGGACUGGUCCGUGAAAGUUUCACUAUUUCUAUUCUCAAUGUUUAGUAAUAUAAUAUGCUGUUAAAUAGGUUCAAAAA